CCGCAUGGCAUCAGCUGCAGGGACAACAUGAUAAAGGAGUGCGAGGAGGAGGCGGACAUUCCCAGGCACCUGGCAGAGAGGGCAGUGCCGGUGGGAGUGGUGAGCUAUGAGACGGUGACAGCAGCCAACACGCUCAAGAGGGAUGUGCUCUUUUGCUACGACCUCCUGCUGCCGCCCGACUUCACUCCUAGAAACACAGGUGC